AUGGAUUCAACUCGAGAGGCCGCAACACGGAUCUAUAUCCUCGUCCUCACGGCUGCCGCAGCCGUCGCCCUUGGGGGAACACUCGCUAUAGGUGGCAUCGGAUUAGGUGCUUUCAAAGCUACGUUAUUUGGGAAGCUUGCGGACGGAAAUGUCAUGCAUCGUUUGUAUACCGGUCUGCCCGUUAUUGAUGAAAUUCUGGGCAUACCGGUCUCUUUCUGGAUCCCAGUCUUCUCCAGGAUGCAAGCACUCCGGCUGCAGUCGAUGAUGCUGUGCGCGUCACUGCAAACAUUUGCUGUCUGGGCAGCCAUUGAGAGAAUGCGAAAGGGCGAGAAACACGGCAUACUACGAUGGGCUCCUGUUUAUAGCUUCUGCUGGCUAUACUGUGGCACUGCCAUGUUGUUCCCAUUCUACUGCUUCGUAGAGUUGAGGCAGCACUUCGGUGCCGGGCGUCGCGCGUCUGACCCAAGUGUGCCAUACUUCCAGGCCAAGGCACUCCUCCCGGCAGCGAUAAUCUCUUUCCUAUACUUCUAUUACUUGGUAUAUUUCCCACGGUCCGGAAUGACGGAAUCCGUAUAUACUACUGUGAUUGCGUACUAUCAACUUGGACCCUUCAUAUGCUAUGCCAUAGUUGCUGCAUUGGCCAACUACCUCUCGUCUGAUCACAGAUCUAGGGAAGAAUACCCUCCAAAUGCAGAUGCACGAUGGAUCAAAGCUAAUUAUGCCGUCUUUGGCCUAUUCUCUGGCGCCAUGCAUCUCUCGGUCGUGUGGCUACUGUUGUCAUCUGAAGACAGCUCACUGUCCUUAUCCAGAGUCUUUAUUCCUCAAUUCGGCAACCUCCUCAAGCCAGAUGCUGCAGCUUCACUGUUCGUCGAAGAGACGCUAUUUUUCCUCCAGUGGGACUUCAUCUUCCUUGCCAUCGUCUGCAGUAUCUAUAGCUUCAGAAUAUCGGAAGGGAUAUAUUGUCCCCAGCAGAGUGGAUGGCCUACCUUUACGGGCGUUGUUUUGGGUACCGGAUUUGGGAUUGCCUGUGUGGUGUUUGGGCCUGGUGCUGUAGUUUCGGCUAUGUUGUGGCUCAGGGAAGACUUUCUACGUCAGGAUUAUGCAAAGAAACAGAAGGCUCUUCUGAACGACAGGACCUCGUCCGGUAAACAGAGAUAA